CAAUCAAGAUGGCGGCGGUUCACCGGUAUAUUCGGGUGAUGACUGAUGAGUGCAAUUGUUGUGAACCUGCAAGGCUGGGACCUCGGUAGUAAUGCACCACAAACGAACUAAAUUUUGCAUCUCUUGCUUAGCUACCAACGCAAGGAUUCCUUUGGACUGGACUUUUCUAUCUUCUUCUUCUACCCGAAGCUUGUGGGAGUGCAACGCACGCAACAACGAUUGUCGGAGUACGGCGAGGUUGGAGACCAAACUGGGGAUACGUACCGCGGCAGGCACCUAGCGCGACGGUCUGGGCAACAGAACAGGAACACGACUCCAGCUGCAACAACGGAUAACAACAAGCGAUGAUGUUCCCUUAUAUCCUCUUCACAAUCGUGCUAGUGCAACAGCUAGCUACAAACGUGGAAGGGCAGGCUGUAGCCUGGGAUGACUGGUGGACAUACGAGGGCAUCACCGGCCCACAGUUCUGGGGACUGGUGAACUCAGACUGGGUGAUGUGUAAGGACGGGAAGAUGCAAUCUCCCAUCAACUUCCGAGCCAACCAGAUCCUGUAUGACCCCAACCUGAUCCCCAUCAACUUUGACUCUGAUACAGAUAAGAUGAACGGCACACUGAUCAACACGGGUCAUGACCUGACGUUUCAGGUGGACGACCGGAAUCGUGUGAACCUGACGGGUGGGCCGCUCAGCUACCUGUACAGGCUGCAGGAGUUGAGGCUCCACUACGGAAGCAUCGACUCCCAGGGCUCCGAGCAUAGCGUGGACGGGUACAGCUUUCCUGGAGAGCUGCAGCUGCUAUUUUACAACUACGACCUGUACGGGGACCUGGCGGAAGCCACCAAAGGCACCAGUGGACUUGCCAUCAUCUCUCUAUUCAUACAGAUUGGGAAUACAACAAACCCAGAGCUGGACAAACUGUUGUGGAAUGACAGAUUACAAAACGUCACAUACAAAGGAGCAGCAGCAAGGGUGGAGGACUUCAACUUGACCAACCUGUUCCCCACCACGCCCCACUACAUGACCUACCAGGGUUCCCUGACCUCCCCAGACUGUGCCGAAACAGUAACAUGGAUAGUCAUGAACAAGCCCGUCUACAUCUCCAGAAAAAAGAUGACCCAACUGCGUAAUUUAUGGCAGAACACAAUGGGGCAGAAAGAGACUCCCCUGGCAGACAACUUCAGGCCCACCAGUAACCUGAACUCCAGGACUAUCCGAACCAACAUCAACUUCACCACCAAGGACAAAAUGGGAAAACCCUGUCCAACGAUGAAGAGCAAAAAGGCAUACCAAACGAACAGUUGGCUGGUGAAACCUACAUCGUGAAGGUAGCUGACUGAUGUCAUCCCAACACCAACUGUCUACAUUUGAAAUGCAAUCCCAUGAUCCUCGUGUACAGAACAACCCCCCCCCCCCCAUCCCUGAGUGUGACCUACCCAUAGAAUGAGACAAAAUUACUCCUAGAUCUAAUAUACAUUGUUUCUACUUAUGGAAGGUACAUGCAAAGUCAAUAAGGAAAAUUGUAUUUCAAAAAUUUCCUUUUUAGCGAUUAGAUUCUUAAAUCUUCAAUGUUAAUGCAAUAUUACCUAAUAUCAAAAGUCAAAAAUUAAUAUGAACUUUUGUUAUGGAUAUUAAAUAUGCCAAUUUUUUUCUUUUAUAGAGACAGGCUUCAGAUUCCUUACAUUAUCAGCUAGUUUGGUAUUAUCUGUUGAUGUCUUUUGAUUUUUCAUACACAAUUUUAUGUAUUAAAUUCUAAUUGGUGUGAGAUUGUUUGAGAAUUAGGCCCUUGUGACACAUUCAGAACCUUCCACCAAACACCAGCCGACUAAGAUUGGCUGAACUUCAGGAGUAGUAUGACCAUGCCUACCUUUCUAAUAUAUGAAUCAAAUCGAAUUAGAGCUAAAUUUAAGGCAAAUUUGAAUGCCAAGCAUGGCUAGCGUUUGGGAGGCCAUAUUUGAGAAUGUGUGACAGGUGCUUUAGACAAUGAAAUUGCUGUGUAUAGUCAUCUUUUUUGGAGUGUCUAUCUCCAUCUGUACUCUGGUACUGAAUUCUAACGUUGGUGUGUAUACUCAGAAAAUGUGUGUAGAGAGUACAUAAUAUUAGUGUAUGUUUCGAAUCUCGACAAAUAGCAAAAUGUAUAUUUUUUCCAUAUAUAGCAAACUUUGUGCUUAGGGUGUACUCAAAGAACGGAAAGGCAAGAUGGCAAGUGACACAUUACACUACAAAAUGUAUAUGAUAAAUAAUGUUUCCCUACAAAAUGCAGGAAAGAAAUCUGGCUGAAAGUUUCCAUUCUCUCAAUAAGGACAGGUUUUAAUGUAGUUAUGUUGCUUACAAUGUAAUUCUGAUUGGUAAAGGUGGCUAUCUCAAUAAAAGAAGGAGAAAAAUAUGACUGUUAUCUGCAGUAAAUGGCAUUUUUUAUGACUAUGCACAAGAAGAUUGCAUAAUUUUCUACAUAUUAAAAAACUCAGACACUGUAAGUCAGUGCUGUACUGGUUAUAUGAGGGCCUGCAUGGGGGAGUAGUGAUUACGAAUUACGCAAAAUUUUCGCCGCCGAUUACGAAUUAUAUUAAAGUCUCAGA